CACCGCUCCACUGGGCUGUCAUGAAAGGUCGCACAGAAACUGCACAAGUUUUACUCACAGCCGGGGCAGAUCCUAACGCACGGGACGAAAAUGGCAACACGCCUCUCCAUGCGGCGGCUAAUGGGGACAAUCUUCUGUGUGUAUUAGAGCUUCUGAAGGCUGGAGCUGACAGCAGCAUCAGGAACAAUGGCGGAGAAACGGCAGAAAGAGUGUCUGGCCAGGCGUCUCAACUGUUUGUGUCUAAGGUUUUCCAGCAAUACAAAGACAUCACCCCUCACAUCCCCUUACUCACAGAAAGAGUGGGGUUGAGAUGGAGGGACCUGGCCGGCCGGCUGGGCUUCUCUACAGACGACAUAGAUGGGAUUGUCGCUGGGGUCCGUAACCAUGACGACCAGUCCUGCUGCACGGCCAUGUUGGGACAGUGGCAGCAGCGGAGGGAAGGCGAGGGGAUCUUGAAACUGCAGGUCAUGGAGGGAAUUCUGUCUGACAUGGGUCUGGAAGACAUAGUUCAUGUAAUUCAUGAACGACAAGAUCGUCUUGUUGCGGGGCUAGAAGCAUUGGUGAAGACGCAAGAAUUCAUAACCGACAACAUGGAUAAAGACACUAUAGUCAGGUUCACGGAAAUGAGAGGGCGCUCAGUCAAACAGGCAUCGUCUUCAGAACUACUGAUGAAUGAUUUGGUAGAAUACAUCAAAACACCAGAAGACUAUGGCUACCUGUUACAGUUACUGGAAGAAAGUGGGCAACACUACCUUUCGAAGGAAAUUAAAACCUUUGAACCGAAGACAAGUCACAAGGAGCCUAAAGUAGUACCACUCAAGAGACGUCCACAUCACAGAGCAACGGUUGAAGCUGAUGAAUCCACAGCUAAAGAAACCAGCACAGUUAUUAUCGUCGCACCUUCAAGCACAAUGGAGCAGAGUGGGUCCUCUAACAGCGCACAGAUCGUGAGUUCGAAGCAAAGAGUCAAAUUAAUGUUCGUUGGACAAACUGGGUCUGGCAAGACAAGUCUCUGCUUGACAAUGAUUGGUGGAGAGGCCCACACAGAAGACGUGCUAGACAGAACAAUAGGGGUGGACAUCAGGUCGUACAUCGAUCAAAUACACGGUGUAGAGUACAAAAUCUAUGACUUUGGUGGCCAUGACGUGUACCACUACACACACCGUUUCUUCCUGACACACCUGGGGCUGUACCUGCUGUGUGUUGACCUGCCAGGCUACAGGUCAGGGGAGUUCCAGGAGCGGGUAGGCAAGUGGAUGACUUCCAUCGCUUCGCACGUGACAAAACCAUCCCUGAUUGUUGUGGGGACAAAAAGUGAUGAAGGUGACGCCAUGGAGAACAUUGCACUGUUGGAGAGGGAUAUCAAGUCCGCCGAGACAGCAGUCAGACAGGCGCUGGAGAAGGAGAUCGGCAGAUGCCAGGAAACUCUUGACAGCCGAGAGCAAGGUCUAGGUCUUCGUGGGAAAGAUGAUCACUUUGUCGGCUUGUCACGCGAAGAAGUACUGGACAAGCAAACGUCGCUUCAGAAGCUAUUGGAUGGCCGCCCUGAAAACCUAGUUGACGUCCACAUAGUACCAGUGAGCAGUAAGAGGAAUGAAGGAAUAGAUGUACUCAGGGCCAAGAUGACGGAGAUUGUGCAAGAGCGCAUCGGUGUGUCCAGCAGUCGACAGCUGCCACAGUCUUGGUCUGACUUUGAUAACCUCAUCAAACAGGAGACAUCCAAACCUUACCUGGACCUCAACGAGUGCAAACGACGAGGAAAUGAUGUUGGGAUGGACAUCACUGAUGUGCUGAAUGCUCUGGAGUAUCUUCAUGUAACGGGGGAGAUCCUCUUCUACAGGCACAUCCGGGGUAUGGAGGACAAGGUGUUCCAGGACCCCAGCAUAAUUCUAAAGCUUUUUAAGCAACUGUUUCGACAUGACAUGGCUCAGCAUCUACAGAAGGCAGAAAAGCUAAUGCCCACGGACAGACAGCUGUUUCUGGAGGAAGGUGUUGUAAGUGAAGAGUUCGUUGAUGCUGUUCUACCAAAGGAGGCAGAAUCCUUCCAGCUUCUCCUGCCACUGAUGAAACAUUUCGGCCUCUGCUUCAACAGAACUGUCACCAUGAUGGCUAAUCUUCCCAUUGCCAAUGAAGACGACAUAGCUGCACAUUGGUCUGACACUGUUCAAGAAGGUACAAAGGAGGUCAAGUUAACAAUGAAGUCACUCGAUGUCAACAGUGGGCACCCGGUUGGGUUAGGAGAGUCUCUGGCCUGUCGUACGGUACUGAUGAGUGAGGAAGGACGGCGCCUUGUGAAGAGGAAUGCUGUUAUAAACAAAAUGGGAAAGAUGGAUGUGAUGUACCGCCGUUUAAUUAACGAGGAAGAGAAGCGAACACAACAAGUGCGAACCUCCGACAAGAUAGUGGACGAGAUCUACCUUCGCGCUGACAACAAGGAAGCCUGGCGUGGGAUGAAGGAGUUGGUGAAGAAGAUCAAGCCUUGUCUAGAAGAAUAUCAAGCAAGACUGAGUGAAGAUCGCGUAACUGUAACAGGAGACAAGAAGGUAGAGUCUAUCCCCCUGGAGGCCCUACAUAAGCACACGGGGGAGGACUUGGACAGGAUUUUCCUUGGAGAAUGGGCAGAGUCUGCUCGGCAGCCAGGUGUAUCUGAUUCUGACAAGAUGAACAAAUACAUGAUAGACAAUAGUCUGUAUGACUUGAGUUCCAAAGUCGGACAAAGCUGGCGGCGUCUAGCCACUGACCUCGGCCUGACAAGGAUGGAGAUUGACCAGAUUGAGGAAAACCGCGGACUGACCAGCAACACCCAGCGGGCAUUCCAGGUACUAAAGCAGUGGAGGAAGAAGUCAGCACACGGACCUCUGCACUACCUCCCUCAGCUGAUGGGGGCCCUGAAGAACAUGGAGGAACCCAGUCUGGCUGGAGAUGUAACUGCUAUUCUACAGGAAUAUCGUCACAACUUGCCCCAGGUGACUGUCAAUCCUGAGGAGCACAUGGAUAUUCAAGGGGUGUUCAAAUGGUCGCUGCCCCACGAGGGGAGGUUCUACUGUCAGAAGUCAGAUCUCCACGUCAUCACCCCCUACCCUCUGUACGUGACUAGUGUGAGCUGGUCUGCAGAACCGUGGAGGUACAGGUCAGACUGGGUACCUGUGGGGCCGCUGGUCCACUUCCAGUUCCGCUCUGACGAUGCCACAGAGCCAGUGGAGAUUGACUUCCAUCACAUUGUCGAACUCGCAGAUAAUGAUAUGAUGGUGGCAUGCUGGAAUGAUGAUGAUGAGCACGAACUCCUCCCAGUGGAACAAGUCAAGCCCGGACAUGUCACCGCUCUCCUGAGGAAAGACGCCCGGGUUGGUCCUGUGGGCAGCAGAAGUGCGGUCUGCGCAGCUCUUAACAUAGGUGUGUACAUGUUUGCAUUUGACACUCAUGAACGAUAUGGACCUCCACACGACCUGAAGGCUCUAGAAGAGAAACUGGCCACCAUGGAACAGCCUGAUCUAUCCAAGGCUGUGCGCAGAAUGUUCAUGGACCAUAUUUCGUCAAUGGACGAGAUGGACGUGCAGCCUGAUGUGGCCACUGAUCAGGAAGGGAACACAAAGUUUUGUGUAAAACUUCCGUGCAAAGGAAAGUACAUCUGCAAAGACACAGACAUCGGGAUCGUCACAUCCUGUCCCAUGACGAUGACGUAUCAGACAGAACCCCAGCCUGACCAAUGGGAACACCAGGAGGACUGGAUGCCUGUCGGCCCCGUGUUUAACAUCCAGUCUGACGUUCCAGAGGACGGACCUGUGGAACUUCUGCUGCCGCACAUCCUGGAUCUGUCAGACUACAACAUAACGGAUAUCCCUGAAGAAGAGGCCAAAGUUGUUCAUAUUGCAGACAAGAAGGAAGAGUUGCUACCAUGUGUGAUAACACCUACACACUCCAUCUUCCGUCGUUGCAAGGGAACAUGGGUGUUCAGUGCAGUAAAAAGAGCACUUGGGUUGGAAGCCCCAAGAAAGGGCCUCUUCGCCAUGUUUAAAUCGUCCUGGGCAAGCUACGGUGUAGAUGUGAAGGCCUUCAUUGUCUCAAACACUAAAGGCAUGAUAAAAACUUUACAAGACGACUUAGGAGACCUGUGCGAGGAAGGAAAAACGUUCUCCUUGCUGUCCAGCAAAGCCUGCACAGUGAUGCCUGAGCAAACGUACUGUUUGCACGCAACAGUGGAGAACGGUAAUAUGGUGGCACAUGAUCCAGAGCCACCAGAUGGCAUCCCGUAUGAGGACACACUGGGCGAUGGUACCUACCCACAGAUGUUCGAAAUCAUCAUCCAGAGUAGCAGCGAUGGAACUGCUGCUGUGAAACUGGACGCGCGUCUUCGUCCUGGGGGCCAAAACGGUCACGAUAUCUGCAAGACGACCAAGUUCAUAGAGCUACCGGGCACCAUCCAACCGUCGAUCACCAGCCAACCGCCUGAUACUUCAAACCAAGGAGCUACAGCAGCAGCUUUACCCACUUCAACUCUGAACACGCUUCCGACUGAACCGCCGAGCACCAGCCAACCAGCUGGUUCUUCAAACCAAGGACCUUCUGAACCAGAUUCGACUUCCUCAGCACUGGCCACGCGUCCGACUGAACCAUCGAGCACCAGCCGACCGCCUGAUCUUUCUAUUCAUGGAGCUGCAGCAGCUGACUUGACUGCCUUAGUACUGGAUACGCCUCCGACUGGGCUCAUGAAACCCCGAGUGUUGCUGAUCAAUGACGAGUAUGGUACGAAAAGAGGCGGAAUCUCAACCAUCAACUACCAAAUGGCGCAGGAUCUGACCCAAGCCGGAGCAGACGUCUCUUGUACAGUUCUUCGUGCGUCCGAAAGAGACAUGGCAAGCGCAGCGAACGACCAUGUCACGCUGAUUAAACCCUUCCAACGCGCAGACGAUACAAGAGAACCGUCAUUAGACUGGCUGGUAUUUGAUCACCGAAUCCGGUAUCCAGACCUCCCUGGCGGUGUAGGCUGUAUCGUUGGUCAUGCCGACAUCACAGACAAGGCAGCACGGAGCAUCAAAGACGACCGGUACCCCCAGGCAGACCUGGUCACCAUCAACCACGUCUUACCAGAAGACACGGAGCGUUACAAGGGAGGCCGAAAGCCAAUGAAAGCCUGGGAGAAGGAAAUUGACAUACUGAAGACGUCCGACGGUGCGGCGGCUGUCUUUUCAGUGGGUAAACGGACAUACAGCCACUAUUCAACCAUGUACAAAGGAGACAAGAAACCCAGAAAUCACUACAUGUACCUCCCAAGGCCAUCCACCAUAUUCGCGGACGCCACAGUGGACCCUGGUGGUGACGGACAGAAGGUCGUCCUGUCCAUCGGCAGAGUAAGGGGCGUAGAGACGCUGAAAGGUCAUACCCUCGCAGCAGGGUCAUUGGGAGAAGUAGCAGAGAGGAUCAACGUGGCAUGGCGCGUGUGCGGCAGCAGCGAUGAUGUCGAUGACUAUGAGACGAGCAGGAGAAUCCUGGAAGAAAGCCUGAAGAGCAGUAAGCUGGCGCCCACCUUACUGCCUUACAGGACGCAAGAGGAGAUCAUGGACGACAUGAAGAUGGCCCACCUGGUCCUGAUGCCGUCCCGCUCCGAGCCGUUCGGACUGGUCGGGCUGGAGGCCAUCGCAGCCGGAAUCCCCGUCCUCAUCUCUGACCAGUCGGGACUGGCAGACCUGAUCAAGGACCUGAUCGACAAGAAGAAGUGCCACGCAGACCGCAGGCACAGGAUCGUGGAGACCAGCGUGAACGAGUCCGACCAUGACGCAGACGUGAAGAGGUGGGCCGACAAAAUCCUGGACACCCUGGAAAACAUUCAGUCAGAAUUUCAGCACGCAGCCGAGUUCAAGCGGGAGCUGAUGGAGUCCAGGUACUGGGAGGAUUCCCGCAGAACCUUCCUACAGGCCUGCCGCAUCACGGGUGGAUCUGCACAGCAGUAA